UGUUGUACGACACGUAUCACCGCUUUUCCAGAACGUGUUUGCUCUGUUAUCGGCAUCGCCGAUGUAUUUUUACACUUGCCAGUCAGUGGCUUUCAGUCUGGAGAAUUCUCGCUACACCGCUCGUCGACGCCGGUCCAUCGCCCCAUUUUCUAACCAAGUACGCGAGUCGCUCUCUCCUUCUUCUCAAAGAAUCCCCCCCUCGAUCCCAGCAAAAUGGCCAACAAUCCCAAAGUCUUCAUGGACAUCACCAUCGACAACGCCAAGGCCGGCCGCAUCGUGAUGGAGCUGCGCGCCGAUGUUGUGCCCAAGACGGCGGAGAACUUUCGCGCCCUGUGCACCGGGGAGAAAGGCUUCGGCUACAAGGGCUGCGCCUUCCACCGCAUCAUCCCCCAGUUUAUGUGCCAGGGCGGUGACUUCACGGCGGGCAACGGUACCGGCGGCAAGUCCAUCUACGGGAAUAAAUUCGAGGAUGAGAAUUUCCAGCUGAAACACACCGGCCCGGGCGUCCUGUCCAUGGCCAACGCCGGACCCAACACCAACGGCAGCCAGUUCUUCUUGUGCACCGUCAAGACCGAGUGGCUGGACGGCAAGCACGUCGUCUUCGGGAAUGUCGUGGAGGGCUUGGACAUCGUCAAGAAGAUGGAAGAGCAGGGCACCCAGAGCGGCAAACCCAAGUCCAAGGUCGUCAUCGCUGAUUGCGGACAGCUGUAAGGUAGACAGAAUCAAACAGCAUUGCCAUGCCGUUGUUUUAAUUAACUCUGCUGCUGGCGGGUUUUUAAUCAGACCCCCGGGUUUCCUGCUUAAUCUUUUCAUUUUCGAUCUUUCGCAAUUUUUUUGUUUGUUUGCUCGGGUUUAGCAUUGACUCAUUCCGUUGAGUUAUUCAUUUCGUUUUUUUUUACAUUUUUCUGCCGAUGUGUUUCGCGUGGGUAAUGUCCAUUUUUGAUUUUGGUUAUGGCGGAUGCGAUCGUACUUGGAAAUAACAAUAAAUUGAAGCACCGUUU